CCCGCCACCAAAGCUGAAAUCUCACAUUCUGGAAUGACUGUCUGAAGAAAUUCUUAAAUUCAAAGCCUAUCCAACUGACAAUAAUCUUACUGACGUUGCAGAAGCACUUGUGAAAAAACAUCCUUGUCUGAGGGAGCAAGGAUCCUUCAAUGGCUGUUAUGGGUGGAAGAUUAGCCUCAAAUACAAAAUGGCCAACUUCCGGUCCAAACUGAGGGGCCUUGGUUGUCCUGAGGUGAUGAUAAAUUCACUAAAGAACAAGAACCAAGACAAGCGUUUGGCAGCAUUGAAUGUGAAAAAGCCCAGGAGGGCAGAAGUUAAUUACUGUCCUCAGCAUCCAAAAGGAGAAACCGCUGAGAGUCUGGAGAAGGAAAGAGUCGCACUGCUUUCAGAAAAUAAGAAGAACAACAACGACCAUAUUGUGACAUUGACAAUGGAGAAGACCUUCUCAUACAGGAGGCAAGAAAUCCUUGCAGGAGAGCCUUUGGUUGCAGACUUCAAGAGCAGAUGGCCAGCUCUGUUCAAUGCGAAAGAGAUCGAUAAGGAGUUCCAUCGCAUAUCAACUGUACCUCUACUUUCUACAUUCUUUGCUGCUUUCGACCGGUUCUCUCCGCGCCUGAUGGAGAUAUUUCGGUGCAAAGGUGGAGCGCCUGGAAGAAGAAUAAGACACGUCAUGGUGGAUAUUUCCAAGGACGACACAAUUCAUACAAGACGUGCAUGUGUCCUCAAGUCAUUGUGCAUCUACUUGAACGAAGACCCAGAGAAACUUGUUAAGGAUUAUAUGGGCACAGCAUUCAGUGGUGAUGAAUAUGCCUCUGCUAUUGACAAUCUUCUGCAGGAGUUUGAUCAGCGUUUUGUUGACUUCAAGGAACACCGGGUCACUUUCCAGGUAUUUGCAGACCCUUUUUCAGCUGAUGUUGAGAGUGUCCCAAAUUUUUUUUCAAGUCCACUCCAUACAAUCAGUGUUUACAUUUUUGGUCCAAGUGUGCUUAUACUUAGCUGCUCUGCCCUUCUCUUUCUCUAUUCUCCCUCUCCCUCCACUCCUCUUUCCCUCCGGUCCUUCCAGUCUCGAAUGGAGGAUCGUCUGGACAGACUGGAUGAUGCAAUCCUCGUUCUAAGGAACCAUGCCGUGGGCUCCACCGCCAGUCUGCCCAGUGACUUGCAGAGUCUGCUGGGACAGGCGCAAAAUGGGCCAAUCGCAGCAAUUGGAGCAAACUUCCCUGCCUCUGCAUUGGUUGCAAAUCGGACAGCAGCAAUGCAGGGUGGUGCCCACGCUGAUGAUGCCGUCGGUCUCAACAAUAGCCAUGGAGGUCUGCCCAGCACCUGCUCUACAUCCACCGCAGAACUCAACCAACAGUUGGAAGCAUUCAGAGGUCUUACUUCAGCCCUGGCUGGCCAUCUGCCUGCCGCCCUGGAGCUGAAGGUGGAGAAACAGGACAAGGAUGAGAUGGAGGAUAACCUCUCUGCUGAUGACAGGUCUGAUGAUGAGAGCGACAAAAGAGAUAUGAGGACACCCAGACCUGGCACACGUACAAGCAUCACUGAAGAUGAGGACCUGAAUCCGGAGCAGAAGGCUGAGCGUGAGCGCGAGAGGAGGAUGGCCAACAACGCUCGUGAACGCCUGAGGGUGCGGGACAUUAACGAGGCCUUCAAGGAGCUGGGUCGCAUGUGUCAGCUGCACUUAAAGAGCGAGAAGCCCCAGACCAAACUGCUCAUCCUCCACCAGGCCGUGGCUGUCAUACUUAACUUGGAGCAGCAAGUCAGAGAGCGGAAUUUGAACCCCAAAGCAGCCUGCCUUAAGAGGAGGGAGGAGGAGAAGGUGUCCAGAGGCUCCAUUGAUGCUCAACAAGCUCACACAGGGGUCCAUUCAGGCCUGACUGAUGCAUCCAACCCCAUGGGCCACCUCUGAGUAGCAGACAGAUCAAAAUGAUCCAGAACAUUUCUGUCCCAUUUGAGUCAGUGUUCUUGCUUACCAGUGACAGACAGGACUCUCAGUUUGUGAAACCAGUUGGAGGAGACAGACCACUUGAAGGAAAACUACGAGGCUCACACAAACCAAUCCUUUGAUUGAAGAAUGAAACAGGCGUCCAGCUUCCAGUUACCAGUUUUCAUCUGCAAAUUUCUUCCCAAAAAGAAAAAAAAAAAAACCUUCAGCACAUAUCAAUGUCUGCAAGAAGUGUGUUGCUUCUGAACAAUCAGAGACUUCGCAAUCUCCUCCAACCGUUCAUGGAAAUUGCCUUGUGCCUAUUGACGAAUGCAUUGUAAGAGCAAUUGUUCUUUUGUUUGUCUGGUUCUUUUUUUUUCUAUUUAUUAUGUUACUGAGCUAUAAAGUGUAUGUCUAAAGGGAAAGUGAAGCAAAUUCAGAGAGAAAUAUGCAGCUUUUCAGUUGAUCUAUUGUUUGCCAGUGUCACCGUUAAAACUGAGCACUCCACCCUCAUAAAUCUUUGGCGAGUCUCGAGA